AGUUUCUCACUGUUUUACCUCACUCACUCAUCUGAGCCCUCGCUUUUUCUCAAGCACUUGUAAUCCACCUACGCAAGAUCUACAAUGGCCUUUUCCGGCAAGUAUGAGACUGAGUCCCAGGAGGGAUACGAGGCCUUCUGCAAGCUUUUGGGUAUUCCCGAUGACAUCAUUGAGAAAGGUCGGGAUUACAAACUGGUGACUGAGGUGGUGCAGAACGGUAAUGACUUCACCUGGACUCAACACUACCCUAACAACCACCAGGUCUCCAACAAGUUUGUCAUCGGCAAGGAGUGUGACAUGGAAACUAUUGGUGGAAAGAAGUUCAAGGCCACAGUUACCAUGGAUGGGGGCAAACUUCAUACGCAGUUUCCCAACUACACUCACUCAACUGAGAUCAGUGGUGGAAAGCUGAUUGAGAUAUCAACAGCCACAACAGCCUCAGGCCCUGUUGUACUGAAGAGAGUCAGCAAGAAGCUUUAAUUCAUAUUACAGUGCCACUGUUAUGCUGUAUACAAUUGCUAACCUCAAACUUGAACUAUGAAAUAAAAUGCAACAUAACUUAA